AUAUGUAUAACAGACAGCUAGAGGGAUUGAACUGAUCAUGACGUUCACAAUACUGGUGUUGUUUGUUAACGUGUUUGUGUUUGCAAACCAAGUUGAAGCGAAGAAGGAACUACUGUCCGGUUUAGAGAGCUCCGACCUUCGUGAAAUACUUGAAGAUAUUUUCAAUCGUCUAGAUGAAAAAGACAGGGAACUAGUGGAAUAUGGAAGAGUGAAUGCACUGCAGCAGCAACGGAUACAGGAACUUGAGAAUCAACUGAACUCAAUAAACAAAGACUGUGACCUGAAACCUGCGACGAAACAAGUGCUAAAACCGCCCAUGAAACAGUUAAAACCUGACGGUGUCGAGCGUAAAUCACGUCAAAACGAACUCGAACAUCCGGUAGCAUUCUAUGCGACUCUAACAAACCACACGUUCCAUAUAGGCACCGGACAACCAAUUAUAUUCGAUCGCGUCGUGACAAACGUUGGACAGGCGUACAAUCACGUUCUAGGUGCGUUCAUCGCUCCUGUGUCAGGUGUUUACGUCUUCUCAGUGACGCUGUUUGCUAUGCCGGGCCACACAACAGCAUACAACGUGAUGAAGAACGACGUGUUUAUCAGCCGAAUGUACCUGAAGGCGCCUAGUGGUAACUACGAGACGGCCGCACAGACGUUUAUCCUGCAAUUGGACAAGGGAGAUGAUGUAAACGUCCAGAACGUGAGCCCAGAUGAGGCGAUACAUGGAUAUAACUACUCCACAUUUUCCGGCUUUCUACUUCAGCAAACCUUCGGUAACCCAGCUGCAGUUAUCGGUUAAUGAAUGAUUCUGCCGUUGUUAUGUAACAUUACAAUUAAAUGUAGCCGACAUUACAA